GUUUCGGAGACCGGCGGUGGUACACACGACUCCGUGUCUUGACUCUCUCUCUCUCUCAACAGUCAAAUCCUUGAAAAUACUGCGAAAAGGCAUAGAGGAUUGGGAUUUGGGAGUAGGUCGUAGACGAGAUAACGGCCAUUGUGUGAGAUUCUGGAGUGGAGACUGAAGGGUAAAAAAUUUACUACUAUGGCGUGGUUGGCCGCUGCAAAGAGCUUCCAUCUGCCGGCGGUUGAUGUCACCGCUCCGCUCUCGAGCUCCCUUAGCUGUCGGCUGCUUCGGCUGCGUGUCGAUGGCCGCGCCGGCAUCGGCCGAUCCUCCUCGGCAUUUCGGUCUAAACUCUUCGCUUCCUUAAGCAUUUCCGCUGAUGCCAGUAUAAAGGAAGCUAUUCGGACUGACAAGGCCCCAGCGGCAUUGGGGCCAUACUCUCAAGCUAUAAAAGCAAACAACCUCCUUUUUGUGUCUGGGGUUCUUGGUCUAGUUCCAGAGACUGGGAAGUUUGUCUCGGAUAGUGUUGAGGAUCAAACAGAGCAGGUUCUUAAGAAUAUGGGCGAGAUACUUAAAGCAAGUGGUGCUAGCUAUUCCUCAGUUGUUAAGACAACAAUUAUGUUGGCUGACUUGAAGGAUUUUAAGAAAGUCAAUGAGAUUUAUGCUAAAUACUUUACAUCACCGGCGCCAGCUCGAUCAACUUACCAAGUAGCAGCUUUACCAUUGGACGCAAAAAUUGAAAUAGAAUGCAUAGCGGUGCUGUGACUUCUCAGCUGAAAUGAUUCUGUGGACAUUAUCAGCCAGGAUCCCAGCGUAAUAAGUUCAGAUGAGCCAUGUGAAUCUGUAAUUGAGGUCCAGUAUCUGAAGGCUGAACCCUUCAGAGUUGUAAUACCUCAUAAUUUGAAAUUCUUCAUGGAAAGAGUUGAAACGUAAAAAGAGGAUUCAUUAUGACGUGUUGCAAA